AUGGAUAACACCCGUCAAGAUUCCGGAUCAAAUGCCCACCGGGCUGCUGGCACACCCACUAUCCAACAAACCAGCCGAGGAACCCAAACAGGCACUUUUACAACACAAGUCGCGAUUGCAGCACAGUUCGACUCUUUUGUGCUUUUCAGAAAUUUGCCAGCCGAAUUGAAAGCAAAGAUCUUGAACAUCGCCGCCCGAGAGGUUCGUCGUACCAUCGAGAUGACACCACAAGGAAACCACCGAGGAUACGCACCAGCGCUUCUUGGAGUCAGUCGUAUGGCCCGUGAAGAGGCUUUGAAAGUUUACAAUGCCUUGCGACCAGGAUCUUCACAGCCUAUCUACUUCAACCCGGACAAUGAUACCCUCAUAUUGAAUAUUGCACUAAGGACGUCAACUAUUUCUCUAAGAGUGCCCCCUGCGUUAACACCAAUAGUAUUGCCACCAUCUGGAAUGAUUCCAUUCUAUUUAACAGUACCUGCGCUGACACCAAUCGUAUUACCACCACCUGGAAUGAUUCCAUUUUCAUCAACAGCACCUGCCCUGGGUAGAUUUAGGUCUGUCGUAGUCCUUGACCUUAGUAACAUGCCCGACUUCCAAGAAUGGUUGAUUUCUUUGGGAAUCAAAUCGUUUGUAGUUAGGUUAGGAUAUUAA